UACCGCGUAGGUCGCAGCUCGUAUCACUCCACAGAAACAACUGAACGGGAUAGGUACAUCUGUAGUUCAAGUUAAAAAAUAUAAACAUGUUCGUGAAAUUGAUAUUUUGUUUAUUUGUGAGUUUUGCGUUUGCUGCAGAAUUCACUUUGCCGGGAGAGUGUCCGACUGUGAAGCUACAGGAAAAUCUUGAUUUUACGAAGUUUUCAGGCGUCUGGUACAAUGCGGCAAGCUACGCCAGCGACAACCGACCCAUCUACGACUGUUCCACCAUGGACUUCCAGGAAGACAACCUUGGGUACACUAUGAGGGAGACCUAUGUGGAUCUCGACCAGGGCAACCGCACUCAGAAGUCCUACUUCGCUAGGGUGGACCCGACCUUUGAUGCGGAGAAACGGGCGCAGUUUAUCGUCAGUUACGAGGAUAAUGAUAAAGUCCUGCAGUUCCCAUUCUACAUUCUGUCGACGGACUACGACAGCUACGCGAUAGCCUACACCUGCAAGACGUUGAAGAAGAAAGUGCGAACACAUUACGUGUUCACAUGGGUCCUGUCAAGAGUAAAACAAAGUCUUGGAGGGGAAGUUUUGAAAAAGGUAGAAAGUGCCUUGUCAAAGUAUACAGAAUUGGCUGAGCACCGGACUUCAUUUGUUUUCAAGGAUUUCACUGAUACCAGCUGCGGAUUUACCAAUAAAAUGGAAACUAAUUUUUUCACCAAUAACUUUUGGUAAAUCAUUGUUGUUAUUGGAUAUUUAAAUUGGUACUAUAAAUUGUAGUGAAAGUUUACUAAUUUUAUAUUCAAGAAUAGACGCAUAAACUUUGAAGGCAAUUCCAAAAAACGAUAAAAGUUGAAACAAGUAAACAUACCACAAAAUUGUAUUUAUUAUCUAUUAAAUAAAGUUAUUAUAAAUUAA